AUGCCCAAUACUCACGGUUGUCAGUAUUGGCGGUUCUGCUCUUCCAAUUUCAGACUCUAUCAAAAUUGUAGGGGUCUCUUUCGAUCGCAACUUCCUUUCAACCAUCACAUCUCUACCCUGGUUAUACCAUGCAACAUGAUUCCAAGGAUCAUGAGAGCUAACGAAUCGACAAUAAUAAAUCGGUCAACAUUUUUAUCACCUCUGAGAGAUGACCUGCUGCCAUCAAUCACAUGGAAUGCGACUACUAUCACCACACCUUCAAACGAUCCGAUAGAACCAAGCCCAAAUUGGAUGCAUGCAUUCAAAGUGUGGGGUUGCGUGUGGGAUCUUCAUGUUUACUUUUUUUCAAUUUCUUUUCUCAUAAAUUUUCUUGUGCCUGUCGUUGUUUCGGCUCGAUUAUUAAAUUCGAGACAGAGACAGCGUUAUUUUAGAAGUUUCAUUGCAAUGCUCGUCUCAGCAUUUUGUCUUCUGAAUGUUGCGUACAUGCUAAUCGAUCCUUACCAUUCCCAAAACGUUAUACCCCUGUUAGUUUCUCGUUUAAUAAAAAAUAUUAAUUUGCCACUGGUGCUGUCUAUUAACGUCUUCGUACAAAAGUACGUCAAGCUGCUAUCCAUCAGUUGCAAUUCAGCGGGCAGACCUCAGAACUCUCGCAAUCUCUUCAGUAAAUUUUUAUUCUGUAAAAUUUUCAUUUUAUUACUGUUUUAUUUAACAACGUUUAUUUUAAGCUGGCUGGAUAGUUCAAACUCUGACAACCAGCACCGCUUUUAUCACGCAAUAACGCAAAUAAUUUUUUUUACCUGGUGCCUUAUUAUAGCGUUCAACAUUUUUCAUGACUGUUCACUUUUGAAACAAUUUUCUGAGAAAGCUUUUAAGACUUUACAUAACAUUAAAUUUAAAAAGAAACAAACACAAACUUCUACUAAUGGAUCUAAUAGCUCAGAAUGUAGUGUUUCUCGAAUAACAAAGACAAAGAAUCAUCAUCCGAAAAAAAUUCAUAAAAAACUUAAAUGUAAACAAGAAAAUCGAGUUUUUUAUCACAACUCGGAAAACAAUGACGAUGAAGAAUCGUAUUCUGAAAGCUUAUAUUAUGCAGAAACAUGUCCACAAUUUCAAGAAAAUCAAUUAAAAAAUUCAAUAAAAACGCUUUCAGCAUCUUUUAAUUACCAGGAGACUGACAAGUUGCUACAUGAUGAUGAGAGUGUCGAUUCCAUUCAGUAUAAUCUUAAAACUAAGAAAAAAUUAUAUGUUUCAAAUAACGUUUGGAUACCGUUAAAGUCUAUCAAAACUCAAAAAUUUUCAGAAAAAAUAGGUCAUAGCGCCAGUACCGGAAACUUUGAAAAAUUUGUGACGGACUUAAACGGCAUUCAUGAAUCACGCAACGAAAUUGAAUCAAGCAACAUUUCUAAAUUGCCAAUUUGUUUAGCAUCUACAUCGUCAUUCAACCUUUCUUCAAAAACACAAAAUUCAAAUAUGACUUUAAAAGAAACUCUCUCUGACAGUUUAUGCGAUGACAACAUAGAAAAGUUAUUUUUAAAUGACCAUGGCUAUUUAGCGGAUGACGAUCAAAAGGAUUUCACCCAAACAAAUCGUACAAAUCAACUGAGAGAAGAAAGUGCAAUUAGACGUUUAACAUGCUGUGAUCUAGUUAAUUUGAUUUAUUUUUGCAACGAAAAUAUUAUUUACCAAAAAGCUGAUUCUGAAAGGGACGAGAACUUGUCCUCGGACAACAAUUUUUCUGCGCCGCUAGGAGAGGAUGAAGUAGAGGCAGCAAAACAGCUCCAAAAGCUAUCAUCGUCAUCGUCAUUUUCUCACGUGAGUUUGUCGCAGUUACGACUCGCUCCUGCGUUGUUGAAAAUUUCGAAAGCUGCCAUGUUUGUUGGUCUGUCUACGUUGUGCUUCUCAUUCGUUCACGUUUACAACAUCUUCGGAGUUUUUGGCGUGUUUUCAAAUUACAGCUCGGCAGAACCAUGGACUUGGCUACUUCUGCAAUCGAUAAACAGGUUGACAGAAAUAUGGUUUAUAUCAUCAGUGACAUGUACAAUCGGCCUAAGUCUGACAUCUCGUGUAAGUAGAAAAGAUAACUCCAAAACUAUCAGAUCGUUACAGCGUGGGAGCCCAAUAUAUUCCGUCUAA